AUGAUUAACAUAAGUGACUAAGAUUUUAAAAAAUAAAUAAAUAGUUUAAAUUUAAAAAAAGAUUAUGUUUUAUAAAGUUAUGAUAAAAAAGGCUAUUAUUCAUCUUCCUCUAGAGGCAGUAAAUCUCCUCGAACUCCUACAAAUACCAGAACAAAUAUUUAAGAUUUUAAAGAUUCAAUACUUUGUAAGAUAUUUACUUUUUUAAAUGUUAUGGAUCUGUGUAUUAUACAAGGGGUAUGCAAGAAAUGGAAGAGAAUGAUAACCCGCGAUCCAGAUAUUUAUUCUAUUGUUAAUCUUUCUAUUCUCCCUCCAACUGUUAAAACAUUAAACUUGAUGAAAAUCGUUUAGAACGAUAGAAAUAUUAUAAAAUUAUAUCUUCCUCAUUUAGCCAACUCAAAUGAUACUAGUUAUUUGUUGAUGUCCAUUCCAAAAACAUUAGAAUUUCUUUAAAUUAAUAAUGUUAAUAUUGAAUUCGCUACUGUUUUUACAUAAAAAAUACCAAACCUCAAGAUUUUAGAACUAUAAAAUAGAAAUAAAAGAAAAAAGAAUUUUGAUGAAAAUGAACUUAAAGCUAUUUCUAAUUGCUGCUCCUCAAUAUAAAGUCUGACAAUUAACAAAGCUCCUCUUACAGACGAACUUCUUUAGUUUUUCUUACCUAAAUUUCAAAACUUAAAAAUAAUAAAUAUUCCGAACACUCCAAAAUUAACAAAUGAAACUCUCUAAGUUAUAGCCAGAAGCUGCUACUAAAUUACUGAUAUACAUCUCGGAGGAACUCCUACCAAUUAUAACCUCAAUUUUAGUUUUGAAGGUUUUGAAUACUUUAAUUUGUCAAAGUUUGAAUUGAAAUCCGUUAAAUUAGACUAUUGCUCUCGUGUUGGAGACUAGGUUAUUUAAAUAUUUGCUUAAAGAUACAGAGAUAAUUUAGUUGAAUUGUAGAUAAUCAGAAACUGCUUUGAAAAAUGUGCUAAAAUUAGUGACGAAGGAAUAUCUUACUUAAAGGACUGUCCCAACCUUCAAAGACUGAACAUAACUUACUCAAGAAAAUUUAGAGAAAGUAUUCAUAUAAACAUAUCUAAAAAUUUACACUAGCUUCGUUAUUUAUGUCUUAAAGAAUGUCCUAUUUAAGAAGACUUAUCUGUUUUGGUAUAAGGGUGUCCUUAGCUUGAAGAAGUUAAUUUAUCUGGAGACUCAUGGGUAACUUCGUUGUCUUUGGUAGGUCUAAGCAAGCAUCCAUAUUUAAAAAUACUACAUUUAGGCCAUUAUGAUCAUGGAGAUACUAAUUGUGAUGAAAACUUAGAAGAAUAUCCCCCUAAAGGAAUGUUUAUUGAAGGAAUUUUUAAAAAUAAGAAUGCUUUCUAAAAGUUACAUUUACUUUUCUUAGAAUAAAAUUGUUCUUUAACUUAUUGGCUUGAUGUUAGACUUCAAAAAAUAAGACCAAAAUUAACUAUUAGAUAUACUCCAGCUGAAAAUUUGUUUGCACUUGUUGAAUGA